CACUUGCAAAACGACGUUCUCGGAAUCCUUUAUGACGGUCGACAUUACAUUCAAGCAACUGUACGAGAAUUCAAAACUUCUUGUACCGUCUUCGCAUUCUCGGUCGUUUCCGCUGCUAGAGCGUGGUCUGCAGCAGAUCGAAGCCGAGCAACAGGCACUGGGAGCCAAAACGAACCAUAAUCAGGAACUCUACGCACAAGCAGCUUAUCUCUUGGAGCAGAAUGGCAUCAAUAGUCAGGAAUUUUCCCAAAAUUUGAACGCCAUUAGCGACACGGCGAUUGUCUGCGAACCCGUGGAGAUUAUUAAAACCACCGAUGUCGAAAAAUUUCUUCAACAAGUCCACGAAAACAACAUUAUCGACAUUAUUGAGAGUGACAGACAACAAACAAAUCAAGACUUUGAAGCGCUCGUCAAGCAGUGCACGAACCGUGAUUGGAAAGACCUGGAACAGCAGCUUAUUGUAAAGAAGGAUGAAAUAACGACACCGGAGGCUAGCCGCCCGAUACCAAAGAAUGAUAUUAGCGCACUGUCACCCGCUGAUCGUCAAGCGCUGCAAAGACGCGUAUCACAAUAUACACCCGUUGUUGCCGACCUUAAUCAAGCACGACUGCAGGGUCAACGAUUUCCUUUAGUGGAGAGCUUGCAGAAGUUGACGUCCGCCGAGACAGCGGUCAGCAGGGAACAGGACAGAGAACAGGAUGCCUGGCAGCUUGUGGCCGAGAUUUCAAAGGAAAUGGACCCGCCCAGUUUGCCACAACAGACAGGAGGAAAUUCAUCACGUCAGCCGAUCGAUUCCACCAGCAAAAUGCAACGCUUGUUGGCGGCUUCUAAAAAGUGGCUCGAGAAUCAGUGCGUCAAGCAUAUUGAUCAGACACUGGUUAAAUACGCACACAAAGCACAAAUAGGUGGUCUAUCGUCCUUUACCCAUCGCUUACAGGCUUACAUCAACCUCAUGUAUAAAUACCACAAUAAUUGGAUCGACGCUCGACUAGAGAUUGUCAAUGAUAUGCCCAUUUGGCUGCUGGUUUAUUUGCUUUUACGGUGUGGCCGACCCAAAUCCGCGCUAAAAUACAUUACAGAAACCUAUGCGAAUUUUAGCGACUGCCCAUUGUUGAUCACCUCUUUACAAGAAUAUGUCAAUAGCGCAGACCAAUGUCUAAGCAAAAAAUCGCGAGACGCGGUAGUGACGCAGUAUCAGCAAUUUGCUUACGGUCAAAAUACCGUGGAUCCUUACAAGCAGGCCGUAUUCAAAAUCAUUGGACGAUGCGAACUCAACAAGAAAAACUUGGAAGUGACCCGAACUACUGAAGAUUAUUUGUGGUUACAGCUUACGCUGAUUCGCGAAAAAAAUGCGGAAGAAUUUGGUUAUGAGCGUUACCAGUUGCGCGACUUGCAAGCGCUCAUUGUCGAAAACGGACCACAGCCGUUUGAAGCCCAGAAUAGCAAUCCAUGGGUGUACUUUAAGGUCUUAUUAUGUACACUCCAGUUUGAACGGGCGAUCCACUACUUAUAUAGUAAACCGACCGCGCAGGUGGAAGCUGUUCACUUUGCCAUCGCAUUAGUUUACCAUGGGCUCUUGAACACGAAUGCUGACCCUGCUCCCGCCAAAGACGAUUUGUUUUCGGUGAAGGAAGAUGGCAAUGCACAAUUAGAUUUUGCCCCGCUCAUUUAUCAGUAUCUAUCCAAAUUCGACCUCGGCAAUGUACAAGCAACCCUACACUAUUUAUAUCUCAUCACAUUAUGCACGCGCCAUCCUAUCGAUCCUCGAGAUGCGGUCACCGCCCUGUGUCACUCGUACAUUCGCGAAUUAUCAUACACAAGCAAAGAUUUCAAAGAAAUUCUUGGUACCACCAGCUCCAGCUUGGGGCGACAGGCGGGACUUUUAGAUCAGUACAAGUCUCUCAUCGGUAUCAGCAGCGAAAAGGAACUCAUCAAACGGAUCCUGGUUCCGGUGGCCGAUCGGUAUCGUCAGAAUAGCCGUUACAGCGAAGCGAUCUAUGUGUUUGAAUUAGCUUCCGAUUACGAUCAAGUCGUCGAUAUUCUCAACAAGCAGUUGUGCGACGUUUUGGAACAGCCGCAACCUUCGCAGGAAACGUGUGAUGCUGUCAUCAAGUUCUCUACCGACACACUUCGCCAUUACGGAGAGCAGCAGCACAUCAGUGAAGUGAUAAAGGAAUCAAAGAAGAGAACGCUCCGCGUGCUGGCCUACUUUGUGCAAUGUCGGGCCCUGUAUCAUGCCGGACAAUAUGAGCAAGCGUUGCAGCUGAUUCGACAGUGCGGUGUCGUGCCUCUCAACGACGACCGAGGCCAAGUACAGCAGGCCGCCGAUCAGUUUAUCAUGUUUGAAGAAAUGGUGGCGAAAAAUAUUCCCGAUGUCCUUUUGAUGGUCAUGGAUAUGCUGUACAAGAUUUGGCACUCUUACAUCUCGCAGGCUGCACUACGGCCCUUGAUCGUUCAAGAAAUUUCACGAAUUGAAGAGAAUGUACGCGUGGUGUUGGCUUUUGUCGGUAUGAUUCAAUUCAAGAUCCCCGCAGAUACCAUGGUCAAACUCAACAGGGCCGAAAUGACCAUGUCAAGUGAUCGAGAUCGAUUAAUGUUACGAUGAUACAACAAGUAAAGCAGCAUCCCAAAAUAAAUAAAAAAAUUACAUUGAAAAAAAGA